UGGUUGGGAGGGAAAGAGAGAAGGAUAGAGAGACAGACAGAGAGAGAGAGUUGAGUUGUGUCCCAUAUGUGGUAAAAAGCAUAGUACUGCACACACAAGCCUGUCUGCUCCAGGGAUUAUGCUUUUGAAUCUGAUGUUGAAAACGCAGGCAUGAGUAGAAACACGUUUUUUUAGAGUCCCAAUGUGAAUACCGGCAAGCGAUGGACUACAGUCGUAUAGACGCUAACCUGGGUUUCCCCGCAGAACUGUUACCGUAAUCGAGACCAGAUCCGCAGAAUGCUGAGUCCCAUUGUUCCCUAUAGCCUAUUGAAGAUGCACUGGAACCCGGAGCAUGCACAGCCCCUGAGCCAGUGGCCUGAGCAGCAUUUGGACGUGUCCUCCACCACCUCAUCCCCUGCCCACAAGUCUGAGCUCUACCCCAGCCGCAGCCCCUACAGCUAUGCCUGGGCAAAUGAUGACAUUUCAGCGCUUACUGCCUCCAACCUGCUGAAGCGCUAUGCUGAGAAAUACUCUGGAAUGCUAGACUCACCAUACGAACGUCCUGCUGUGGGCACAUACCCUGAGCCUGGAGCCUUUGGGGCCCUUAAUGGAGGGCAGAAAAGCGAACUGGAACCUUGGCCUCUAACGCACAGCACUGAUGGGGGGUAUCCCUUAGUGCCUCCUUCUCAUGAUGGUUUGUCUGGAACAAAGGUGGUUCCCACAUCAGCAGGUCCACCAGGCUCUGGCAAUGUGUCAGCAGUUAACCUUUCAGACUCGGGAUACAGUGGGAGCAGCUCCUGCAGUGGGCCCCAUUCCAGUGACUACCCACCCAGUUAUAAUGGCACCUACCUUUCAUCAGGGUACUGCACCCAACCCAGUUCAGCACUUCCACCAGUUUCAUUACAUGCCCUUCAGCCUAGCCCCACACUUCUCCCCAGUUACACACCUUCUACCCCGAUUUACAACUACCCCCCUAACACCUACGCUCACCAGACUAGCCUUGCUCCUAGCUACACCCAUCCAACAGGCCCUUACAUCCCCUCAGGCAUAGCCACCCCUUCUCCACUUCCAUCGAGACCCACAGUGGUUGCUGGCAGUUAUGGUUAUCAGAACAGCAGUCUAGGGGGCUCAGAGCCAGGUGGCCCUCUGAAGAGAAAAGCAUUUGAGAUGACCCUGGAUGAGGAAGAUGGAGACAAUUCACGCUAUAGGAAAUAUAGCUAUGACCCCAUAAAAGCUGGGGGAGAUUCUCCAUAUGGGGUCCCUGAUAAAGCUGAGUGCCAUGGAAAUGGCUUUGGAACAGGCGACACAGAUCCUCAAGCCUUUAAGCCUAGUAAACCUUCAUCUCAGUCGAACCUGGAAGGAGACGGAGUGGGGAAGUACAGUGGGCUAAAGCCCUUGGUUUCCAGAACGUAUGGAGCCGCAGGGGACUACAGUCCACCGGCAGCCAUGACUGGGAAGAACAGAAAUGCGGAGCAAGGCUUCUCCCAGCAUCGGUCUCAGAAGCGCUCCGAUCCCAUGAAAAGCAUGGAGCCCCAAAUGCUGGAGCUAGUAAGCCAGGAACUGCAAGAUUGCCGUCCGGCUUUACUUUGGAGUGAACUGGCUGGGAACAGUCACAUCAAAGCAGCGCUGGAGGAAGAUGUGCUGUGGCCUGUCCUUCGACCCAACCCUGCCAUCCGCCCACCCAGAACCGUCCUGCUGUUUGGUCCUCAAGGAGGGGGCAAAACCACACUGGUACGAUCCAUGGCAUCUCAACUGGGUGCUACCUUCUAUAGGCUGAGUUGUGCAACUUUGGCCUCUAAACCGAAAGGAGAAGCAGAGCAACUUCUUGCCACUCUGUUCUUGGUAGAAACAGCCCGACAACCUGCAGUGGUGAUGCUCAGUGACGUGGAGGUCAUUGAGGGGGAAGGUCUCAGACAGCAACUGCAGGCCCAGUUAGAGAAGAUUCAGCAUGGUCAGAGCAACCUGGUUCUGGUUGUGUGCACCACGAGACGGCCUGAUUUGAUCAAAGAUCCCCUUAUGCGCUGCUUCACCAAGCGUUACCACAUAGGCCUGCCAGAUGGAAACACACGCAGACAUGUGCUUCUGCAGGCGCUGGCGCCCCAAGGCUGCAGUCUAGGCGAAAGGGAGAUGUCAGCAGUACUGCAGCGUUCAGAAGGCUUCUCCGUCUGGGAGCUGCUGCAGCUCUGCCAGCAGGCUCUGGCAUCAGCUUCUACCUCUGCACCCAUGCCCUUGCACGGCCUCCCUUCAUCCCUUUCUUCUCCUACCUUCCAAGACUUUGAAAAUGCUUUCUGCAAGGUACGACCUCACAGCACCCCCAAAGAACUGGCCACUUGUAUGGAGUGGAGCAAGGUUUAUAGUCACUGAGAACCCAGUCAGCCACUGGUUUGGGACUGCUAUAUGUUUAUCUUUCUUUUUUUAACUACUUUUUGCAGCCAAAAGUGUUGGACUUGAAAUUACAGUUUAUGGUGGGGAGGCAUUUUGCAUUUAAUCUAGGAAACAUACCAUGGCGUGUUGUUUUUUUCUAUAAAUAUACAUAUACUUUAUUUUUUUCCCAAAGAAAUGAAAUUUUUGGCCUUUCUUGAAGGGGCAUUUAUUAGUUGCUUGGCAUAUCUGAUAGAAAGUCUGAAUUAUAUUUUGGAAUUUCACUGGAAUUCCAAUUAGCCUUUAUCCUGGAUUAAACCUGGAGGUUAUAUAUAACUUGACUUUUCCUGAAAAAAAACCCAUUAAUUAUAACUCUCAGGAUCCUAUUUAUUGCCAGUCCACUCCAGUGGUGUUGUUUAAUUUGUGUUGAUUUACUUUAAAGAUCUUUUGGUGUUAAAGGGCUUAGGAUAUAUCAAAACUACUUUGUUUGUACCAAAAAUGCUCACCAACAAUAUAAUGUCAGAGUCAAAGCAUUCACCAAAAUGUAUUUACUGUUAUGCAACCUCUAAGGGAAGAAAGCAACAGUAUUUUACAAAGUUGAUUGUUAGGCCACGGUCAAAUCUUGUGCACUUUUUGUCAAAAUGGUCAUUUUACCAAAAGAGUAUGCAUUGCUACCCAAAAAGUGUUAAAAUGCUAAUCCAUAGAAACUCAGAUAAUAGAAAGACAGACUUUUACUGUUGAUACACUUAUUUCAGAACACUUUAUUGAAGAUAAUAAAUAUUUCCUCAAAUACAACAUGUAAACAACCCAUCAAAUUCCUCACAAUCUUGUGAGAGCCUUUGCGCAGGACCCUCAAACAAAAAAAAACAAGCAAGGGCCCAAGAAUGACAAUUUUCUCGCUUUACUCAGUUUAUUUUAUUAGUAUAUGUAGUCUUGUUUGAAAUACUCAGGAAGAAUUUCUUUACCUCAGAAAUGAUAAAUAAAGAAUGUAUGUAAUCUUAGGGUCUUAGUAGUAAGCAUUGAGGUUGGAGGUGAGCAACAGACCUGACACAGACCUGUAUACACACUGCAUCUGUGCUGUUACCUCUUAGGUGAAACUUGAAAAUGCUACAAAGACGAACAAUGAAUGUAAUUCAGGUAUUUCAGAGAAUAUCUGAUGCCAUAAAUACAUGUUUUUAACUCUAUUGAAAAUUUUUCCCUUAUCCUUACCCUUUAUUUUUGAUGUAGAUUUUUGAUGGAGUGAUGAUUGUCUUCAUGAAGUGUUAUUGUAGAUGGCAAACAAGACGCUUGAUUUUGUUGGACAACUGUUUUCAGAAACCAAGGUACAAAGCAUAUGUCAGUGCCCUUUUAAAACAACCAAUGUAAGUACUUGAGGAGCAAAAAAGAAACAACCCAAAGAUCAGAAAA